AUGGCCCCGAUACGGCGUUCGUGGCUCGUUGAGACGGUGUCGUACAACGGGACAGAUGUCCCGGAGUCACAACGAUCCGGGAAGUUCAUUCCGAGCAGUCCUCGAGGAUCCGGAGAGAAAAUGACACUUAUUUUUGCCGCGCGAACACCGUUCGGCGCGGCCGUAAACACGGAAAGCGGCGAUGAUUUAGCGGGCGUCACUUAUAAAUUUCUAUGUCGCACGCCCGUGGACAGA